AUGGAGAAAUUACUUAUUUCAGCAACAUAUCAAACCAAGAUAAAAGGUCUUGCCCUUGAUGAAGCUCGUACUAUCAAGAAGUGGGGCUCUACAUUUCGUGAAUCCCUUACUAAAAUUGGAGAACUACAAAGUUUAUUACCAGAAAAAACAUCCGUCAUGGCAUUAAGAGCAACUGCUGAUUACACGUUACAUACUGAACUUCAAUACAUUAUUGGCAUGAAGUCACCUUUGUCUGUUGUUCUUCCACCUUGCAAACCUAAUAUCACAUACAAAAUUCAUGAAUAUAAUUCACUUGAAAGCAAUUUCAUGCAUUUUGUUGAAGUUGAAGAAUGUGCAGUCUGGUAUAUUUUUUUCCAGAAUACUCUUGCACAGGAAUUAUCACACCCAGUUGGUGCUCUAUCAAUAUCAAAGUACAAACUUGUUGAAAUGUUUACAAGCUGCACUGAUGAAGCCAUAAAACAGCAAAUCAUUCUCUCAUUCACAAAAGGUGAUACUCUUCGUAUUGUUUGUGCUACAAUCGCAUUUGGCAUGGGUGUGGACAGUCCCAACGUUUGGGUUGUAAUGCAUGUAGGACCAUCAGAUGACAUAGAAUCAUACAUUCAGGAGACUGGCAGUGGAGGUCGUGACGGACUCCCCUGUGAAGCUAUUUUAUUAAACAAAAAGUCAUCUUUGCAAUAUGCUAAUAAUGCGAUGAGAGAAUAUGCAAAUAACUCAUCAGAAUGCAGAAGACACUUAUUAUUUAAAAGAUUAGAAGGAUAUGAUAAAGAGAAACAUAAUGUGCCAAAGAAAUAA